UCAUGCCCGCGGCCCCGCGCGGGCCCCGCUGCUCCGCUCGGCGGACUUAGGCAGCCGCGCGCGGCCGGCGCGGGCGCCUCCCCCAUGCUGCUCGGAGCGUCCUGGCUGUGCGCGUCCAAGGCGGCCGCCGCGGCGGCGCAGAGCGAGGGGGACGAGGACAGGCCGGGCGAGCGGCGGCGGCGGGGGGCGGCCGAGGCGGCCGGCGAGGAUAUGGACGAGUCGUCGCUGCUCGAUCUGCUGGAGUGCUCCGUGUGCCUGGAGCGUCUGGACACCACGGCCAAGGUGCUGCCGUGCCAGCACACCUUCUGUCGCCGCUGCCUGGAGAGCAUCGUGUGCUCCCGCCACGAGCUCCGCUGCCCCGAGUGCCGCAUCCUGGUGGGCUGCGGCGUGGACGAGCUGCCCGCCAACAUACUGCUCGUGCGCCUGCUGGACGGCAUCCGCCAGAGGCCCCGCGCCGGCACCAGCCCCGGCGGCAGCCCUCCCGCGCGCCCCGGCCCCGGUGCUGCGUGCCCCGGGCUCGCGGGCGGCGCGGGCGGCGCGGCGGGCAGCGCCCCCGGGUCCCCGGUCUUCCUGCCCGCCGCGGUGGGGAGCGCCACCUCCAGCCUGUGCGAACUGGCCACCCACCGGAGCGUGCCUGCGGCCAAGAAUCUAUGCCAGCUUCCCUAUGGCAAGGCCCUCUACAGCUAUGAGGGGAAAGAACCCGGCGACCUCAAGUUCAACAAGGGGGACAUCAUCAUCCUGAGGCGCAAGGUGGAUGAGAACUGGUACCAUGGAGAGCUGCAGGGCAUCCAUGGCUUUCUCCCAGCCAGCUACAUCCAGUGUGUCCGGCCCUUGCCGCAGGCCCCGCCCCAGGGCAAAGCACUUUAUGAUUUUGAGAUGAAGGAUAGAGACCAAGACAAGGACUGCCUGACCUUCACCAAGGAUGAAGUUUUGACUGUGAUCCGUAGAGUGGAUGACAACUGGGCCGAAGGCAUGCUGGGAGACAAGAUUGGGAUCUUCCCCCUGCUAUAUGUGGAGCUCAACGACUCUGCCAAGCAGCUCAUCGAGAUGGACAAGCCGUGUCCGGCUGCCACAGCCGCGUCUGGCUGUGACACUCCCUUGCCCUCUGACUCCGGUGGGGUGGCCAGCAUUGCUCCAGGCCACACGCUAGGUAGCUCGGGGGCGGUCAGUGCCUUCCAGCGGCGCGUGGACAGCAAGAAGAAUGCCAAGAAACGCCACUCCUUCACCGCGCUCAGCGUGACGCACAAGUCCUCACAGGCGGCCAGCCACAGGCAUUCCAUGGAAAUCAGUGCCCCGGUGCUCAUCAGCUCCAGCGACCCCCGGGCUGCUGCCAGGAUUGGGGAGCUUGUUCAUCUCUCCUGCACGGCGCCCACCCAGGAUGCCUCCUCCACUGGACUCAUCCCCACAGUCAUUCCUCGAUCUGCUGCAGUGGCUGGAGACCAGGUCACAUCUCCCAAAGUCCAGCUGCCCCUCAACGUCUACCUGGCUCUCUAUGCUUACAAACCACAGAAGAAUGAUGAGCUGGAGCUGCGCAAGGGGGAGAUGUAUCGGGUGCUGGAGAAGUGCCAGGACGGCUGGUUCAAGGGGGCAUCACUGAGGACCGGGGUUUCUGGGGUCUUCCCAGGAAAUUAUGUGACUCCUGUCUCAAGGGUACCUGGAGGAGGAGCUGGGCCAUCUCGGAACAAUGUGCUCGGAGGGUCUCCCCUGGCCAAAGGGAUGACCACCACCAUGCAGCCUGGGGGCGGAAGUUUGAGCAGUCCGGCCACCACCACCAGGCCGGCCCUACCCCUCACUACACCUCAGGCCCACUCCCAGCACCUGGCAGCGUCUCCACCAAUAGGCAGCUGCCUGCGGCACGCAGCCCAGCCCACAGCCAGCCAGACUCGGAGCACCAUCCCAGCAGCCCCCCACCCCUCAGCGCAGGCGCAGGAUCGACCAACUGCUACCGUGUCACCUCUGCGUACUCAGAACUCUCCAUCCCGCUUGUCUGCCUCCAGCCUCAGGCCCCCCUCCAUGGUGUCCCCCCAGCACAGCCAGCAGCCUCCGAUGCAGCUGUGCCCCCGGCCGGCUAUUCCCCUCACAUCAGCAGCAGCAGCCAUCACCCCUCCCAACGUCAGCGCUGCCAACCUCAACGGGGAGGCGGCCGGGGGGCCCGUCAGCAGCCUGUCUGCACCCAGCCCCACCAACACAGGGUGCAAGCCGGACGACAAGAAGAACGAAAAGAAAGAGAAAAAGAGCGGGCUGCUGAAACUCCUAGCUGGGGCGUCUACCAAGAAGAAGUCACGCUCUCCACCAUCCAUCUCUCCCACCCACGACCCCCAGGUCGUCAUGGAUUCUUCACUCCAGGGAGCCGUGGGCCCUGAAGUGUCCCCACUGUCCAUCCACGGCAGAGCCGGCUCCUGUCCUAUAGAGAGCGAGAUGCAGGGGGCGAUGGGCUUGGAGCCUCUACACAGAAAAGCAGGCUCCUUGGAUCUAAACUUCUCCUCAUCUCCUUCCCGACAAGCACCUCUUUGCAUGGCUGCCAUCCGCCCUGAGCCCAAGCCAUUACCCAGAGAGAGGUACCGUGUGGUGGUCUCCUACCCACCGCAGAGCGAGGCGGAGAUCGAGCUGAAGGAAGGGGACAUCGUCUUCGUGCACAAGAAGCGCGAGGACGGCUGGUACAAAGGGACCCUGCAGCGCAACGGCCGCACGGGCCUCUUCCCCGGCAGCUUCGUGGAGAGCUUCUGAGGCCCGGUGCUCUGGUCCCACGCCGCUGGCCUCGUGGACGGCGUCCCGGAAGCGGCCCCAGCUUCUCGCAGCUGUCAGUCUGUCCGUCACUCCCUCUUGUGGACCAUAGAAGGCACUGAAGUUGAAGAAGAGUCCAUAGCCGCCUCCGAGCGCUCCGGGACUUGCUCUACCCAUCAUGGCCUAGGCCCCAGGUCAUCUCAGGGGCGCCCGGCAGGGACACCUGGACUGGGGUAGGGACCAAGCGUGGGUACCCCCUUCACCUGAAGCCCCCUCGAAGAGCACACCGGGGUGUGCCCCUUUCAGGCCACGCCAAGCCCUGGUGGGAAGAUGCCACCCACACACACAGGCGCCUGGGCUGCCGUGUCGCGGCCCCCACGCCGCCCUUGCCCCCAGCACGCGACGAGGAGCCGCAGAGGCCGCAGGUCUGGGCGGUGGGCUGGGGCCGAGAGCCCUGGGCGGCGGCGUUCCUGGCUGCCCUGGGCGUCGGCCCUCGAUAUACCUCAGUCACCUGCUGCCUCUCCCCUCGGCAAGGCGGUCCCCAGCCCCCCCAAGGCCCAAGGCCCGUCACCCGGCUCCCCGUGGCUCUGUCUCCUCGCAGGACCCCACGCCACACCUCGCGCCACCGCCGUCCCUCUACAUCGCUUCCUUCUUACAACAUCUUUCUAAUGUACAGCGGUUAGGCUUUCUAUAUUUCUAAUAGGUCAGACAUUGCCUAUUUUUCAUACAUCUGGUGCUGCCUUUUUGUAAAACUAGUAAUGACUUGGGUGAGCUUGAAAGGAAAAAAAAAGAAGUCUGAGGCGACAUCAGAGGGCAGGGCUUUUGUGAUUACUGUUCAGCCGUUGAAGCCCGGCCUCUCAAGGGAAGCCUGGGUGCUGCUGAGGUGACUGGGGGAGAGCCAGCUCCCCUAAACCCUUCCCCCGCCCCCCAGCUCUGUCUAGACUCCAGAACUGGAACCUGUUGAGGAGGGCGACUCCACAUGUCCUUCGUGUGGCAGGACGGGGAACACGUGGGCCAGGCCCAGCCAGGAACCCAGCCAGGAAGGCAGAAGCUCCUGCUCCUCGUUCUGGACAGAAUCACUGCCUUUAGUGGCCUCACAAUCUAAUUUCUUACUGUCGAGAUGAACAGGUUUUUUUUUUUUUGGUUCUGUUUUGUUUCACCACAGCUCCGAUCACCAUCUUGCAAUGAUUUCUUUUUUCCUCUCCUUUCUUAAAAAAUAAAUCACGGUUCCCAUGAUCCGGCUGUGCUAAGCUUCACGCGCUGGGUAGCCGGAGCGCGGGGAGAGCGGGGAGCUGGUGGAUGGCCGGAGACGUUCAGAGUCAGCUUGAAGGGUCUGGGGGAUGCUGGACGGGGAGAGAGGCAGCAGGGUGGCCUCUGUCCUCGGGGGACCUCCUGAGGGGGGCUGAUGGAUGUGUGUUCAUUAAUACACUGGCUCUCCUCCCAAGCCCUGUCAGGAGGCAACCUUGUCCUUGAAGUGUGCACCUUGGGCACACGUCUUUAUCAUCUCGAAAGUUGCAGUCAAUAUCCUCUUUACAUACUUUUUUUUUUUUUUAACAAAAACUCCUCAGACUUCUUGAGUUAUACUGAAUAAUUAGCCUCCGGGAGCGGAGGGCCUCCCUGGCUUUCAGCGCUGCCACGCGGUUUAGAAAUGCAGCGUCUUGCCCGGCAUGAAGCCGUUGAAACAGGGAGUUAUUACUGGGGGAUGUAUCUUGCCUAUUUGCCCCUGCCACGUAAGGCAUGUGUUUAGUUUUGUUUUUCCUUCCCACCAGAAAAUAGGCUUCAUGGAUGUAAGAAAUGAGUCCUGAAUCAGAGAGAAAUUCUGGUUUAAAUACAGGUUUAAAUACGGUGUGCUGGAUUAGUGACAGCCAGAAUGUAUCUACUCACUGUCCUUGCCAAAUUACUUGACUACCCAUGCGCAAAAAUCCUGUGCACGUUUAUAUCCAUGCCGUCACCCCGCAGGUGCACAGAUGAACAUCAGAGGUGAGACAUGUUUUCCAGCAGAACCAGAACUAACUCAAGUUUCUGUAAAA